UCACCCUGCUGGGUGCCAUGUUUGGGUCGGUCGCUCACGCUCACAAUCAGAUGAGCACAGCUGGGUGAACGAAUUGGAUUGUCAACAAAAAAUACUCCUGUUGUAGCAUUUCUCUCAAAAUUUUCAAGUUGACAUGCCGGGAAUUUGUACAUAAAUUGAUACUGUUUUAUCUCUGUUGGAAUGAAACCCAUCGUAGGGAUUUUAUUUUUUUGUUGUGUACAUUUUACCCUCAGCAAUGGAUCCAUUCACAAAAAUUUGAAAUAUUUUGAAUCUCUAUACCCUCAUGAAAUCGCACAUCGUAUAGUAAAAAGAGGCACAGAGCAUGGCACACAUCCUUUCAAUAAAGUGCGAGAGGUUUCAUUCAAAACAUUGGGGAGAGAAUUUCGAUUAAUUCUAUCUCCCAAAAAAGAGGUUCUGCAUCCUCAGUUCAAAGCUGUUGAACUAGACGCAACUGGAAUCGAAAGACCAGUUGCCAUUGAUCACGAAUCUUUUUACCAUGGCAGAGUUUUUGGAGAGCUGGAAAGUCAUGCACAAGUUCACUUAAAUAACGACACAGGUGAAAUUACUGCCACAAUUCACUUGCCUCAUGACUCGUACCACGUUGAGCCUUCUUGGAGACAUUUUAAGGAAGAGGAUCAUCUUGAAGAGGGUCGCAUGCUAGCUUAUCGGAGCUCUGACGUCAAGUUCAGUUGGGAGCAUGAUGAGAACGGGGAUCCUCAUUUCUUACAGACCAAAACUUGUGGGUACAUCAAGGAAGGUCCGCAGGAUGACGAAAGAGGCCAUGAGGACACAAUUAUUGACCGAACUAAAAGGCAAGCUGACCAAUAUGAAUACACCCCGACAAAAACUAGGUGUCCAUUGCUCCUGGUUGCCGACUACAGGUUCUUUCAGGAAAUGGGAGGCUCAAAUACAAAAAACACAAUUAACUACUUAAUAAGUCUGAUUGAUAGAGUGCACAAAAUCUACAAUGACACUGUCUGGCAUGAUCGAACUGAGCAGGAUGGAUUUAAAGGUAUGGGGUUUGUGAUCAAGAAGAUAGUUGUGCACUCUGAACCGACUCGUGUCCGGGGUGGUGAAGCACACUAUAACAUGAUUAGAGACAAAUGGGACGUUAGAAAUCUUUUGGAGGUCUUCAGUAGGGAAUACAGCCACAAAGACUUUUGCUUGGCACAUCUCUUCACAGAUUUGAAAUUUGAAGGUGGUAUUCUGGGCUUGGCUUAUGUUGGGAGUCCUCGCAGAAACUCUGUUGGUGGAAUCUGCACUCCAGAAUAUUUCAAGAACGGUUACACAUUAUACCUGAACUCAGGACUCAGUUCAAGCCGUAAUCAUUACGGUCAGAGGGUGAUAACUCGCGAGGCAGAUCUCGUAACUGCUCACGAGUUUGGGCACAAUUGGGGCUCAGAGCAUGAUCCUGACAUACCAGAAUGCAGUCCUGGUGCUUCUCAAGGAGGCUCUUAUCUUAUGUACACAUACAGCGUUUCUGGUUACGACGUGAACAAUAAGAGAUUCAGCCCAUGCAGUUUGCGUUCAAUCAGGAAAGUACUGCAAGCCAAGAGCGGUCGAUGUUUCUCAGAACCUGAGGAGAGUUUCUGCGGCAACCUUCGUGUCGAAGGUGACGAAGAGUGUGACGCUGGACUUCUGGGAACAGAGGAUAAUGAUCCAUGCUGCGAUAAAAAUUGCAGGCUGCGAAGGGCUUCUGGUGUGUCGUGCAGCGACAAAAACUCACCUUGUUGCCAAGACUGCCAGUUCAUGUCGUCAGGAACUCGUUGUCGAGAAGCACAACAUGCCACUUGCGAACAGGAUUCUCGCUGCACAGGCACAUCCCCUGAGUGCCCUCGUUCGCCGCCUAUGUCAGACGGAACUCCAUGUUUGGAGCGUGGCCAGUGCAGACAUGGCAAAUGCGUUCCCUUCUGUGAGACUCAGGGGCUGCAGAGUUGCAUGUGUGACACAAUUGGUGACGCUUGUAAAAGGUGCUGUCGAAUGAACCUCAAUGACACAUGUUUCCCUGUCGACCCACAAGAUAUCCUUCCUGACGGCACACCCUGCAUACAAGGGUUCUGCAACAAGGGCCUCUGUGAGAAAACCAUACAGGACGUUGUUGAGCGCUUCUGGGACAUUAUUGAGGAUAUCAACAUCAAUAAAGUGCUGUUGUUUUUACGAGACAAUCUUGUUGGCACAGUACUUGUAGUCACUGCCCUUCUUUGGCUCCCUGCCAGCUGCCUUAUCAGCUACGUGGACCGUCGCUGGCGCUCGGAAGACGCCGCUCGGUGGGAAUGGCGCACAAGAGAAGAGCUGUUGCACCCCAGAGACCCUCCUCGAAGGGUCAUUCACGCCAAAGGGCCAAACCCUACGCCCAUGCGUCGAUCUCACCUUUCCUCAGCAUCCUGCAUUCAUUGAGAAUCUCUGCUUUUGAAAGAUGAGGUCUGUUAACGUUUAAGCUGGUUGUAAUAGAGUUAGAUUUUUAUUUGUAACUUUUUCAAGUCACUCAUGAUCUCAAAAAAUGAACCAUGGUAAUAUUUAAAAGGAGCGUUGCCAAAUACGCAUUACGCAUUCAGAAUACUCACAACUAGUCAUUUGAUUCGCAGUUUUCAGUUCAUUGAAUCUUAAAUAUUUCAUGUCUAGAGCAAAAUUAGUCGUAUUUUAACAAAGUGUGUGGAACCAAAAUCAUGUUUUAAGGUUCCGAAACGUUAAUUUAAAUAAAUUUGAUUAACCAUA